AUGAUGCCUGGAGUCUUCGAGUCUCACAAUUGUCCUGUCUGCUUGUCUCCCAAUGAAACUGCCAGCCACCUGCUCUUUGACUGUCCAUCUAAAGAAAAGGUAUGGCAAGGCGUCAUUUUUGAAUUCCUAUGGCCCACCACGUCCAUCACUGACAUCAAAGAGGUUCUUCUGUCCCUGGACUUUUCGGAUAUCUGGUACUCCCAAGUCAAAGGCAUCCAUCCAUACAGAGUCCUACUCAUCACCCUGUCUCAAAUAUGGCUAGCCCAUAUGCGCUUUGUUUUUGACAACAUCAUCCUUGUCCCUGAGGCGAUUCUGGUGAAUAUCCGCUCCACUGUUCGCCAGACAGUGGAUGAGGAUCAAAUCCACUCCCUCUUGUAG